AUCUGUGAAAAUCCUCCGGUAUUUUUAUGAAUCUGUAGUCGCUGUGGGUGGUGUGAAGUGUAGUACUUUUUAAUUGCAAUGGAAGUAAACGUGAUUGAUGGUAUCAAGGAAAUCAACUUAAGUAACGAAAAGAUUGAACUUUUAGUCAAAAUGCAUUCAAGUGAAUAUUAUUAAUGUUAUUGUUUCUACAUCUGAGAAUCACUGUAAAAUGUUCAGUGGUAAUCUUCAGACACCAGAAGGCCUUGAAGACCUCAACAAUUUCUUGUCAGAUCAAAGCUAUGUGAACGGGUUUAGACCAAGCCAGACUGAUACAUAUUUAUUUGAAACACUUGACAGUUGCCCAUCAAACAUCUUUCCUCAUGUGUGUCGUUGGUAUCGACAUAUAGCAAGUUUUGGAAUGGAGCGGAAGAAUUUUCCUUUACAAAUUAAUACCAUACAGGAUAUAAAUAGAAAUAUCAAAGAAAGUUUGGUGCCCCUGAUGGCGAAUAACAGAAUUGUUCCAUCAAAGGUGGCAAAAAUGAAGGAUAAAAAGGGGCCGGGUGAUAAAACUGGUAUUUCAGAGCUCAAUCCUUGGCCAACAUACAUUGAGGAGAGGAUUAAUUUAUGGGAUAAGUUAAAGUUGCAGUAUGAAACAGAACUGGCAGCUAAAACAUCAGUUCCUAUAAAGAUUACAUUGCCAGAUGGAAAAGUGACUGAAGGACAGUCAUGGCGCACAACUCCUUAUGAGGUUGCUAGAGGAAUCAGCCAGGGACUGGCAGAUAAUUCAGUGGUCGCCAAAGUAAAUGGAGAACUAUGGGAUUUAGGCAGACCUUUAGAAAAGGAUUCUGAACUUCAGUUACUGAAAUUUGAUGAUAAUGAAGGGCAGCAAGUAUUCUGGCAUUCAACAGCGCAUAUACUGGGUGAAGCUAUGGAGAGAGUGUAUGGAGGCUGCUUGUGCUAUGGACCCCCGAUAGAGAAUGGAUUUUACUAUGAUAUGUUCAUAGAUGAUAAACAAGUAUCUAACUUAGACUUCCCAGUUGUGGAAAAUAUAAUGAAGCUCAUUGUUAAAGAGAAGCAAAAUUUUGAACGUCUUGAACUGAGAAAGGAGGAUUUGCUAGAGAUGUUCAAGUACAAUCAAUUCAAAGUACGCAUACUCAAUGAGAAAGUGAACACUCCGACAACAACUGUAUAUCGGUGUGGGCCACUUAUUGAUCUCUGCAGAGGGCCACAUGUGCGGCACACUGGGAGAGUUAAGUCCUUUAAAAUUACCAAGAAUUCUGCUACAUAUUGGGAAGGUAAGAGUGAUGCUGAGUCUCUCCAGCGAGUUUAUGGGAUAUCAUUUCCAGAUAACAAGCAAUUAAAGGAAUGGGAGAAAUUCCAGGAGGAGGCUGCAAAGCGGGACCAUCGGAAAAUUGGCAGGGAACAAGAAUUGUUCUUCUUUCAUGAAUUGAGUCCUGGAUCGUGUUUCUUCUUACCUCGUGGUGCACAUGUGUACAACGCCCUUGUGGAUUUCAUUAAGUCUGAAUAUCGGAAACGGGGUUUCCAAGAAGUUGUCUCACCCAAUAUCUACAAUUCCAAAUUAUGGCAGACUUCAGGACAUUGGGCACAUUAUGCAGACAACAUGUUCUUAUUUGAUGUGGAGAAAGAAACAUUUGCUUUGAAACCUAUGAACUGCCCAGGUCACUGUUUGAUAUUUGAUCAGGGAAUUCGCUCUUGGCGAGAGCUUCCACUGCGCCUGGCAGAUUUUGGUGUGUUGCACCGUAAUGAACUCUCAGGAGCAUUGACUGGGCUGACAAGGGUUCGUCGAUUUCAGCAAGACGACGCGCACAUCUUUUGUGCUGUGGAGCAGAUCCGACAAGAGAUGCUAGGUGCUCUGAACUUUUUGAAGCAUGUGUACUCUGUGUUUGGGUUUAGCUUCCAGUUGGUGUUGUCUACAAGACCAGAGAAAUUCCUGGGUGAGGUAAACAUGUGGAAUGAAGCUGAAAAGCAACUUGAAGAUAGUUUGAAUGAAUUUGGAGACCCAUGGAAAGAAAACCCUGGAGAUGGUGCUUUUUAUGGGCCAAAAAUUGACAUCACAAUAUUGGAUGCACUUAAGAGACCUCACCAGUGUGCAACAAUUCAGCUGGAUUUUCAGCUGCCCAUUCGGUUUAAUCUGGGAUAUGUGAGUGAGAGUGGAGAAAAGAAAAGACCAGUGAUUAUUCAUCGAGCUAUUUUGGGCUCAGUUGAGAGAAUGAUAGCAAUUCUCACGGAAUCUUACGCUGGAAAAUGGCCAUUUUGGCUGUCUCCUAGACAGUGCAUUGUAAUUCCUGUUGGGGCUCCAUUUCAUGACUAUGCCUUCAAGGUGAAAGAUCAGUUGUAUUCUGCUGGUUUUAUGUGUGAUGUAGAUGUUGAUCCAGGAGACACAAUGAAUAAGAAGAUUCGCAAUGCUCAGUUAGAUCAGUACAAUUUUAUUUUGGUGGUCGGUGAAAAGGAACAGAGCGGAGGAACGGUGAAUGUGCGUACGAGAGACAAUAUUGUUCAUGGAGAGUUCUCAAUUGAAGCAGUGACGCAGAAGUUUCAAGCCCUGAAAGACAAGCGGUCACUGGACAGUGAAGUGGACUUCUGAGCACAGUAAAUAAGAAAACAUGUAAAGCUGUUUUGCCUAUAUAAAUUCAGAGUGAAGGACCAUCUAUUUGAUAGCAUUACUGAUACAUUUUUCAAGUAAUAAUUUCACAUUAUGCUAAUUUAUCUUUUAUAUGGCGAAGAAAUUAUGCUUCAGAGCAGUUAAAAAUGUAAAAAUUGUAAAUACAUCAUAGCAGUGCUGAUGUACAGUUGACUCACAGACGUGAUGAUGCACAGACGAGUGUUUGGAUUAUAAUAUUUUGGGUGUUGUAGAAAUUUACAUUUAGUCACAAAAGAAUAAAAUAAAAAUUCGCUUCACCAUUUAUGUAAUGUGGUUUUUUAUUUGUAGUAAUAAUUGAUGGCUCCAUUGUGCAACUGAAUGCAAAGGUGAAGUUCAGUUUUGAAAUAGUAAAUGUGCUUAAUACUGGAAAGAAGUCUGAAAUUUGGUGUAGCAGAUCUGUGUGAAUGUAUUUAAACAGUUGUAUGGCAGUUCUAGAACAGCUUCUUUAGAUUUCAUUGAAUACAUUUCUGUGGUGUUCUUUCAUAUCAGUUACUGCCGUGUAUUACCAUCAACACUUCAUCACUAAUUUAUAUUUUGUUUUAUGUACAUGGUUCAACUUGUAAACUAUGUUUAGUGCUUCCCUUGUAUAUUAGUGUUGUGCAAAUCAGCCUCUACUAUACAUGCAUGUGCACCUUUCCAUAGUAUAUAUAAUUACUAGAAAUUUUAAGUUAAAAUUUAGAACUUAAUUUCAUAUAACAUUGGUUGGUAUCUAAUAUUUCUGUCCACCUAGGCAGUAGUGUAGAUCUUCCAUUCCAGAGGUGGGAGCAUGUGUACGGCGGAUUCUGUGAUCAUGAGAGUGAUGAUCAGCAGCGGGGCCUACAGCUUAAUAUGCACUGAAACACGUCACAUUUAGUUUGAAUAUUAUGUAAAGGUUGCAGUUAAUUUUCAUGUAUUUUUUAAGUUGUCAAAUGUGUGAAUGUUAAUGCUGUCUUGGCUACCAAUUAAAAUGAAGGCUCAUGGUUUCCUUUAAA